GUUUUCAAAAUGGCUGAACAGCACUGCGAUCAAGUAUCAAAGAAAGUAUUUUUAGGAAUAACUUCUUCUUUGCAUGCAAGUGAGUGUGUAUUUUCAACUGCGGGGUUUGGCGUGUUUGCCAUGGAAGAGCAUAUCAAAGGGAGUUUUCUGCUGGAGUAUGUGGUGAAGAGGUUGACUGAAGAGAAAGUACAGAGGCGUGAGAUCAAACAUGCAGAGAUCAAGACAUUCUAUUAUUCCAACAAUAGACAAAAACUGUGUCUGAAGAACCCACCCUUGGAGAGGUUGUGCUGUGCCUCAGAUGCCAGAUUUGACAGAGAUGGCGUCUGUACAGAAACCACCCUUGUUGAGGUUAGGCUGUGCACCAGAUGCCAGAUUUGACAGAAAUGGAGUCUGUACAGUCUGAAGAAACCAC